UGCCUGACGUAACUGAGGCAGAAAGGACCAAGGGGAUUUUGUUACAGGAGGCUGAGGAUUGAAGGGAGGACUAACAAAUUCAUAAAUAAUAUUACAAAGAAAUCCUAUUUACUGCUUUAUUAUGGUUACUUCGUAUAGAGAAGUAAUAUAGAUGAUGCUUUAAGUCAUCGAGAUAAGGUCAUAAAGGAGUCCCGCUUAGCUUUUUUUGUUUUAUUCCCUACAAGUUUUUGGGCUUCUACGAUCUCCUUGGCCUUAACUGCUUAGCCCGAAAGGUAAAAGAGGGCGGAAGAAAAAAUGGUGUCGUGGAUCAUUUCACGAUGUGUCGUACUCCUGUUUGGGACUUUAUAUCCUGCUUAUUAUUCCUACAAAGCUGUAAAAACAAAGAAUGUGAAAGAAUAUGUUCGCUGGAUGAUGUACUGGAUUGUCUUUGCCCUGUAUACUGUACUUGAAACAAUUGCAGACCUCAUGGUGUCUUGGUUCCCACUUUACUAUGAACUGAAGAUUGCUUUUGUAAUUUGGUUGUUGUCUCCAUACACAAGAGGAGCCAGUCUUAUGUACAGAAAGUUUUUACAUCCUCUUUUAUCUUCGAGAGAACGGGAAAUUGAUGAAUAUAUUGUUCAGGCCAAAGAACGAAGCUAUGAAACCAUGGUGAAUUUUGGGAAACAAGGAUUAAAUUUAGCUGCUACUGCUGCGGUUAGUGCAGCUGUUAAGGGUCAAGGAGCUAUAACAGAGAGGCUCAGAAGCUUCAGCAUGCACGAUCUUACAGCCAUUCCUGGAGAUGACCCAUUGCAGCAGCCUUUCUCCGGUUUCUCUGAUCUUCGAAAGAGGUCUCCAAGAAAUCUCCCAGACGGAUCUAGUUAUAAAUAUGAUUAUGACCAGGAUGAUGUAGAUGAUAGAACUGAUGAUGACAUGGAAGGAGCACAUUCAGAAGAUGAGAGAGUGGCCCAAAGAGGACUCCGGAGAUCUCAAAGCGUCAAAGUGAAAAGAUCAAAAUCCGUUAAAGAGAAUCGAUAUGGGUCUCUAAAACUUAAACCCAAAAAACGACCAGGACUGAGUGCUGCAAACUACGCACAGUAACUUUUGCACAAAAUCAUCUGACUGCACUACUGUAUGGAACCAAAUGUUGUCUGUCAAUAUUAUUUUAUGCAUGUGUUUUUAAAUGCUGUAAUUUUGUAUUUUUGUUUUAAAUGCUGAAGUUACUUUUCUGAUUUCAUAUUUCUUAGCCUGGCUGCUUGGAAAGAAGCAAUGCUUUAGUUGCAAAAACACUAAAAUGAUUUUUUAAGUAUGUUUUGUUAAAGGCAGCAUGAACAAGUUAUUCUGUGUUUGAGUUCGGUUUAGUUUGUUUACAAAUAUUGCUUUGUAGUUUUUUUUUAUAUAUACAGUGUGUGUACAUAAAAGUUGCACUGUAUAUAUAAAAGGUUUUGUGAUAUAUUUUUUUUUAUAUCCAGACAAGACUGCCUUAAUUUUAGAUGUGUUAACUGAAAAACGCUCCAGCAUUUUUGUUUUUGUAUUUUCCUCCACUCAGUCUUCGUGCUGAUUGUCGUAUGUGCUGUUUGACUUGUACGUCUCCAGUAAGACUUUGGAAAUGGCUCAAGGACCACAGUGUAUGGGAGUAUACAUUGUAGUGGUGAUCAGAAACUAAAGUAAUCAGUGUAUGUGUGUUUAUUUUUUCCCCUCAAUGUAAACUGUUUUUUUUCUUCAACUUUUAUCUGAAUUAUGAUUGAUUUUAAUUAUUUUGUGUUUCUUGCAGUUAAAGUUGGGCGUACUUUGUGAGUGUUAAAGUAACAUGAUACUUGAAUUAAUUCCAACUGUUAAGUACUUUUGCUAAAAAGAAACUAUAAAGAUGACUUGCCAAAUAAGUUUUUUUCUAUCUAGAAAAUUAGCAUCAAUGCCAUUUUUAUGAAUAUAUUUAUAGAUGUAACAUUUUCAUAUUUCAUAUUAAAAUAAAGUAAAAGGGUGAUGCUUGUGAA